UUGUUGACUUCUCUUGUGACCCUUUGACCUCCAGCUGACGGCUGCGAGGUCAGAAUGUGGGCGGAGCCUGUCCAAUUAUUUUGGGGGUUCAGCUGUUGUCCUCCGCUUCCUCCUCAUUUAAAUUGCUGUCUCAGUCGCCUUCGCUUCGCUCACCUGCAGCCCCGUGAGCACGGAGAUGUCAAUCAAAGCCACCAAGGUGUUAGCUGAGGUGACGCCGCCCUGCGACGACCGCAUGGACGAGUUCAGCAGGAGGUUGAACGAGAUCAUCGGCAGCGACGCUCAGGUGGAGGUGAAUGCGCACGAUGACAUCACUGCGAGCGUCCAGUCAGAGGUUCAUUGCGUCGCAGACAGUCUGAGCGCUUUGUCAUCUCCUGAGGAAAAACUUGAUCACUUGAUGUGGAAACACGCCGAGCUGAUGUUGCGUGAGCAGGGCGAGCAGAGGAUGCUUCAGGAUCUCCGUGACAACAUUUGCGUGCUGGAGGCCGAGCGAAGCAAAUUGGGAAGUUUGUGCAGAGAUGUCCAAGAUCACUACUACACACUGCGGGAGGAGGCGCUGCGCCGCUGCCGGGAGGACGAGGAGAAGCGGUCGGAGAUGGCGGCUCACUUCCAGACGUCGCUGGCGGAAAUCCAGACGCAGAUCGAGCAGCACAGCGCCAGAAAUGAAAAACUUUGCGAGGACAACGCCAAGCUGAGCGAAAAACUGCACUCGCUGCUGGAACAGUGCGAGCGCAGAGAGGAGAGUUUGGAGAAGGUCAACCAUCACCGCGACCUCCAACAACAGCUAACCUCGGCGAAGCUGGAUCAGGCCAACGCACUGCUGGCGGACGCACAGCAGAAGCACCGACACGAGAAAGAAUACCUGCUGGCCGAGGCGCUGGACAAAACCCGGAAGUGCUUCGCCAUGAAAGAGGAGGAGCUGAGCAUGAAGAAGAAGUUGGCGCUCUACUCCAAAAAGUUUGAUGAGUUCCAGACGACAUUAGCCAAGAGCAACGAAAUCUACGCUCGUUUCAAGAACGAGAUGGAAAACAUGUCUGAGAAGAUGAAGAAGUUGGAGAAGGAGUCAAACGUUUGGAAGUUGAGGUUCGAGAAUUGCAACAAAGCUUUGACAGACUUGUUGGAGGAGAGGAGCGAAAAGGGUAAAGAGUACAAGGUUUUUGUGGUGACCAUCCACAAGCUGGAGAAGUUGUGUCGAGCUCUUCAGGAUGAGAGAAAACUUCUGUAUGCUAAAAUCAAAGAUGUCCGCCGGGCCAAUGUCGAGACCUCCACCGAGGCGUCAUCUGCGCAGGAAAACCACGACGACGGCAACAGUGUGAUGACUGAGGAGAUGCGCCGUCUGAGGGCCGAGGAAGUCAAACUGCAGGAAUUUGCAGAGUCCUUGAUGGCGUCUCACGGAGCCAGACAGGAACUGGAAGCGGACCCGUCGGACCUGGACGAUGACCUUGUCACGAUGCCCUUCGGACGUUUCCACAAAACUCAACAACCACAAGAGCGGAACCACCAAUCACAACCAGAAGUAAAACCAGAACCAGAAUCAAAACAAGAACUACAGUCAAAACCAAAAUCAGAGUCAAACCCAGAACUUCAAGUUAAAUCAGAACCAGAAGUGACACCAAACCAAAAACCAGAAGUAAAACGAGAACUACACUCAAAACCAGAAGUUAAAUCAGAACCAGAAGUGAAACCAGAACAACAAUCAAAAUCAAAGCCGGAAGCCCAAUCGAAACCAAAAAUAAAACCCAACCCGGGAUCUUCUUCGCAGGUCAUGACUGACGUCAAAGUAUUGACCUCUACAGAUAACCUCCAGCGUGACGCCCCGCCCACCUCGGAAAACACGCCCUCUCCACUGGGAUCCCCCAAGAAGGAAACCAAGAAGAAGAAGAAGAAGAAGAGCAACAACAGGAACAUCUGAGCAUCUUUGCACACGUGAGGCUGCAAUGUGUCGGAAUUUCCGCUGGAGGGCGCUGUUGUACUGAGCAACGGAAGGCUGCUUGGCUGCCUGAGGAAAACGAGAUUCUUCUUCUCCUAACUUUAAUUUGAAAAUCAUUCAAAGAUAAGAUGUUGAAAUUAAAAGGUCAUCUCAAUAAAACAUUUUAUUUCUUUGA